AUGCAUGUAGUAAAUAACUUAAAAAUACCUACAAUUGGUACUUAUACAUUAGCACCAAAGUGUUCAGAAUGUGAAACAAAUGAAGCAAAUGCUAUUUUAAUUCCGUGUGGACAUUUAUUGUAUUGUACAAGAUGUGCACCUUCAAUACAUGUAUGUACGAAACGUCAUGAAAAAGAAAGUGACAAGACAGUUACGAAUUGGGCAGCCGUAUUUAAUGUAUUCAAUAAUUAA